CCGUCCUGAAAUCGUUCCUACCGAUGUUCAAUCCUAAAAUGGUUUUGGAACCGUGCAAAGCUUGCGCCUGCUUAUUAUAAAUCUUGUUAUAACGAACCAUUCCAGAUUCCAGAACGGUUUUAAGAAAUGGAGUUGGAACUAUUCGAGCAGGCGUGAAAGUUGGGAACCUAUUCGAGCAGGAUGGAGAUUCUAAUUGCUCGAGGUCGAAGAAUGCGACUGGGAAUAACGUUGAUAUUUCCUAUACGAGACGCUCGACUCGUGUCGACUAGUGAAAUUGUAAUCCGGCUUGAGGUGUGAAUUGUGAUCGGCCUCGAAAGCUCAUAUUACUCCAGAGUGAAUAAAGAACGGUCGGUUCAGAUCAAAAGGAGUAAAAAUGGAGCAAAAAACAUGGUCCAUGCUUUCUAUCCACCGAAAGGUAAACAAAAAACAAAAAUAAAACAUUGAGGUUAUGUUAUAUGUGAAGGUAACCUAAAAAAUUGCAAGCAACAUUUCCUAAUUUUUUUCUCUUUUACCGUCUUUUACAUUGGAUUUUUAGUAUUUUUUUUAUCAAAUAAACCGUUUUUAAAUGUAUAGUUUUCUUUAUUCACCAAUUCACCAUGUAUCUAACAAAAUUAAUCAGGGCAACUCUUGUAAAAAAACGAACAUUUUUUGAAUCUUCUCUAAGACGAUAUAACAAUAUAGCUUUCGAGGAUAUUCCAGAAGUUUCAACAGCUCUAAUCAAAAAAACUUUAUGUCUACAUGGAAAUAUAGAAGAGGGACAUACUUGCUUUAUUACAAAAUGCACCAUUUGCAAAAGCGGCAAAACCGAUGCAAAAUCCAACGCAAAGUUGUAUAUAAAUAAAACAACAGGAAUGUAUAUGUGUAGUUUUUGCAAACACACAGGUCAAUGGGACCAAUUGGCAGCUCGUCUGGCUCUAACCAAAACAAAAAGGCCAAAAAGUAAAGAUUCAUUUGAACCUGAAAUCAGUGAAUUGCAAAUUAUUAAUGAAUCACUUCAGCAGAUAAGAGAAAACUCCACAAAACUAAAACUAUUAGAAAGCGAAGAAUAUUUGAAUAUUUUAAAUAAGUUUAAAUUACCGAUCAUCACAAAUGAUUGUAUAGAAUCGUUAGAUAUACGAACAAACGAAAAACGCACCCUUCUUUAUUUUCCUUUAGAAAAUGUUGAAAAUGAAAUAGUUGGUUACAGGACUUUACACUCAUAUAGCCAAGAAGAAACUAUUUUACCUAACAUCCAAUGUGGAGGAUUAUUAACAGCAAGGCAACCACGCUCCAAAGACACUGUUCUAGUCCCCAACCUUUCAGACUUUUUAAUACUUAUAAACUCAAAAAUACCCACAAAUAUAGUCUGUUUACCAGAAGGUGUAAAUACUUUAUCGCAAUACAUGCUACCUAGUCUUGAGAGGUUUAAAAAAUUGGUUCUAUGGUUUGGAAGUGAUAGUAAAUCUUGGGACUCUGCAAGACAUUUCGCUAAAAAAUUGGGUGAGAAACGGUGCUCAUUAGUAAGACCAAUAGAGCUAUUGCCGCACUUAAAACCAGAGCAAGACUUUAAGAGUAUUAUUGGAAAUGCACAAAAUAUGUGGCAUAAAAGUAUAACUACUUUUGGAAGUUUGAGAGAUGAAGUCUUUUCUGAUAUACAAAAUAUUGAUAAGGUUCAAGGUGUCAAAUGGAAAAGAUUCCCAACUUUAAACAAAAUACUGAUGGGACAUAGACGGGGUGAAUUGACCAUCCUUACUGGACCUACAGGGUGUGGAAAAACCACUUUUGUUAGCGAAUAUUCUUUGGAUUUGGCCGCACAAGGGGUCAACACUCUUUGGGGUAGUUUCGAAAUCAGAAACGCAAGACUAGCAAGAACGAUGCUACAACAAAUGGCGGGCUUACCACUAACAGAAAAUGUCCAUUUAUUUGAUGAGUUUGCUGAUGAAUUCCAAAAACUUCCGAUUUAUUUUAUGACAUUUCACGGACAGCAAACCAUCAAAGUUGUAAUGGAGGCUGUUGAGCAUGCAACCUAUGUUCACGACAUUGCCCAUUUGAUAAUCGAUAAUGUUCAAUUUAUGAUGGGCAUGUCGGAUGAAUCCAAACACAUGGAUAGGUUUUGGAAACAGGACGCAAUUAUUGCGGCUUAUAGGACUUUUGCUACUAAGAGAAAUUGUCAUGUGACUUUGGUAAUUCAUCCCAGGAAGGAGAGGGACGAUGAGGAUUUAACUGUUAGUUCAAUUUUUGGAGGUGCCAAGGCAUCCCAAGAAGCUGAUAAUGUUCUCAUUAUUCAAGAUAAAAGACUGACCUCUGUUAGAGGAAAAAAGUACUUACAAGUGGCCAAAAAUAGAUAUAGUGGUGAUUUAGGAGUUUUGCCCUUGGACUUCCAAAAGAAUGCUUUGAGUUACGCUCAGAAAAGGCCAAAAGAAAAACCUCCUCCAAUAAUAGAUGUUCCCGAAAGGGUCUCAGAAGCUGAAAGUAGUAUUAAGAUUGAAGAUGAUAGUUGAUAAGCUUAAAAUGAGUGUAUUUCUAUUGCAUUAUUGUUGAUUAAUGCAUAUCUUUAUUAUGCAGUUUGUGAUCUGUGCCAUUUGUUACCUAUAUAUUUUUAUACAAACUUUAUACAAUGAUAAUUGAUUGUAAUUAUUUGAAUAACUUCAUUGUUACAAAAAAAAAUGGUAUUUUUUGUUUAAGGUUGUCUUUUAUUUUCAAGGUGUAACAAUAAUUCCUUAACAAUUUCACUACACUUUUUCAUGUCUGCCCUAUUGUCAGUUUUUUUGGCAACGUAGCCCAUAAAAGCAUUAAAAACUUUUGUUUUACCUUUCAAAUAGUCCUUUACAGCUUUUUCAUUUUCAUCUAAAAUUUGCUGGCAAAUUUUUCUCAAUUCUUUUUCAUCUGUGAUUUGCUUCCAGUUCUUA